AUGCAUCUCUCCAAGCUGUCAGUCGUCAUGGGCCUUGCCCUUGCGGCUUCUGCCCAGAAGAUCAAGUUCCUCCCCCUCGGCGACUCCAUCACCGAAAUCACCUGCUGGAGAGCCGAUGUCUGGGACAUGCUCGCGGCGGAAGGCCUCACAGACGAAGUCGACUUCGUCGGGUCCCAGACCAACAACCCGCAGAACUGCCGCGCCGAGUCGGGCAACUUCGACACGGGCCACGAGGGCCACUCUGGCUGGCAGGCCGUCGACAUUGCCAACAAUUACAUCGAUGGCUGGGUCGAGAAGACGGUGCCUGACAUUGUCAACUUUAUGCUUGGUACCAAUGACGUGAAUAUGGGCAAGACCGUGCCGCAGAUCAUUGGGGCUUACGAUAAGAUGCUUGCUUCGAUGAGGGCGGCGAACCCCAAGGUCAAGGUCAUUAUUGACAAGAUUAUCCCCCUCCCAUUCAAGAACGGCCCCAUCGUCGAGGUCAACGGGCUCAUCCCCGACUGGGUCGAGACCAACUCCACCCCCGAAUCGCCCAUCGUCAUCGCCGACUGCUCCGAGGACAACGGCUUCAUGGCCUCGAUGCUCCGCGACGGCGUGCAUCCCAACGCCGCCGGAGACACCCUUAUUGCCGACCAGGUCGGUCCCCUCCUCAUCAAGUACAUCAAGGAUGUCAUUGCCGAGCGUGGCGGGGGUGCCGCCGAAUAA